UGAAUAGGAAUAAUACACUUAAAUGCGUAGGUUGAUAAAUAUAUAAUCAAGACCGAAGUAGGAAGUGUUUCAUAGCUUUCCGUUUGAUGUUUUGAUAUUAACGCACGCAAAUGAUUUCGUUUCAUUUUUAAUUUCUAUGAUUUUAAAAUGGAUUUUAAGUGCCUUUCUUUCCCAAGAGAUAUUUUUCCGCGAUUUGAUCACACUAUUACAAAAUCUGUAGAACUGCAGUCAAGAUAUAAGUUUUUAAUUAACGAACCCAGAAAGAAAAUAGUGCAAACACAUCAGUGCGUGACGCUGUCUGUGUGCAAGAAAACUAAUGAAACCGAAUUUCCGAUAGAAUUGGGUGAUAUUUUCAAUGAGACAGUCAAAAAUCGAAAUUUUGAAUCGGAAGUACAUGUAGUAACAGAGAAAAAUAUCAAUUCGUUUAUGAACAGUCGGGAAAAAGUCGGCAGUACUAUCACUAUUUUUGUUGUUGACAGCCAAGCAAAAAACGAAAUCUAUAAACUUGGACAAACUAAAUGUCAUAUCCUGGUGAUUGCAGAGGAUGAAAAUGUUAAGACAGAAUUAGAAGAGGAAUUUAAAACACAAGGUGAACAUGUAAUAACUGUCACAAACAAUGAAAACGUUUCAAGUGAAAUCGAUAAUUUGUUAGAACGAAUUACACUCGCACCAUUAAAACAAAUUGGUGAGGAUUGCUAUGCUAUGCUGGAAUGGAAGGACUCUUCGUCAGAAACGUCGACUGGUUUUCCGCAUACUGAACUAUCCAAUAUAUCGCGUACCGGAAACAUGUACAGAGAAGAGGGCAGCAUAAACGGAUUGACAUAUGCCGAAACGCCGACAAAUCGGCGCAGUAGAUAUCGAACUGAACGCAAGCAUAUUUCAAAAGGGAAGAAACCUGUAUCUUCUGCGCAUUCGUCUCCUUGCCGGCAAAAUGGCUCUGCAGUACCUGUCGAUUUCGACUUAGGGAAGAGAACAUCAAAAUUGAGCGAAGAGAACAAAAUAGAUGUCUCCUCGCAUAUUUCAACAAUACACACAAGAAGCCGAUCUAAUAUAGAGCCUGGGGGUAUACCAAACGGCUUCAAACAAGCCUCUUCAAACACUAAGUGCUACGUAACAAAAGUUGAAAGAGAUACUACAACCACAACAAAAGGUAAAAGAAGAAAGACAGAGCUUUUUGACCAGACUGGAUCGUCAGACGUAGAAUACCAGUCUUCUAGAAGAGGUCAAAUACAGGAGAAAGAAAAUCCAGAGCGCCUUCUAGAAGCAAUUCUUGCUUUAUACGGAAUGAGUAAUGUUCCCGAAACAGAAAGGCCUGCUGUUCCUAAACACAGUUACAAAGUUAGCAAAGAGUUGUGUAAUGAAGUAUUCAAAAUCAGUCCCACAAUAAAAAGAAUGGGCUAUCGUUACCGAACAUUUUACAUAUAUGCUGUUAAACCGAAAUGUCUAGCAGAUGAGGAAAAGAGAAGGAAACAAGUUUGUUCUCUGCUGAAAAAAUAUGGUAUUUACCGUUUUGAAAUAGCUCCAUGCGCUGAAAAUAUCAUGGGAUUUAUGCACGUUGGAGCCGAAAUAGAAGUAAGAUCACCAUACUCGCUGAGAUCACGAGCAGUACGCGAACCCGGGACUGUCAAAGGCGGCACGCUCGGUUGUUUUGUAAAUAUGAAUGAUGGAGAAGGACAAUGCGGCCUUCUUUCUAAACACGUUUCUGAACAUUACAGCGAUGUAUAUUAUGUUGGUAAAGGUAACAAUAAAUUUAUCGGUCAUAUGCUAGAAAGCACAAACAAGCAUCAACCAAAUGGUCUUGAUAUUUCCGCUGCAUUAAUGAACGAGCAUAUAAGCGAAGAAGGAACAAUGUUCAAGGACACACGGCAAGCUCUUUUGAAAGGAAAGUUAUAUGAAUACAUUGAGGAUAAAGAGGAUGCGGUAUGUAGCAGCGGACAGUCUGUAUAUAUUUACGGAGCAAAGUCAAAUCCUGGUAAAGGUGAAAUUACAAUGCCGUUUGUUGAUAGUGGACUCUCGUCUACCUUAAUUCAAGUAGAAGACCAGGUACGUUCCGAUGGAAAACUCCAAGGACAUUUUGCAGAAAAAGGCGAUAGUGGCUCAAUCGUGUGUGUUGAGGAUCCACAUAAGAAAGUUGUACAUGCCAUAAGCAUGGUAAUGGGGAGUCCAGACUUUGAGGAUUCUCCAACGACAAGAAGAACAUAUCUUACAAUUCCAUUAUCAAAAGGAUUACAACAGUUACAAAAUAAUACUGGAAAACAAUUUAAACUUUGCUAACUGUGUCAUUCAUAUCUAAUUAUUGGUAAAGACUAUGUCGAUUGUAUUUGACAUGAGAUGUUUUUGUACAUAUAUUAAACAAUUUUUUUAAUAGUUUUCAACGACAAUUUAAUGCAUUUUCAAGUAAGGAAAUGAAAUAAUAUUUAGAUAAUACAUCAACAACCAAUCAUUAUUUUUGAAAUAAAAAGCAAGUAAACCUUUGUUUAACACGACAUUUUUUUUUAAUAUUGAAAUGAUACUUUGAGCAUCCUUAUUUAUAUUUUGGCCGAAUUUGUAUUUAAUUAAUUGAGAAAAUGUUAUGUUCGCCAUAUUUCCCAUUUCAAGUGUACAUCUGUUGUUCAGUAAAGUUGAUUUGAAGGAAAUUGAGCUUAACAGCAGUUCACAGUGUAUGAUAAUAUGUACAACUACAUCAUAUUUCAAAAAUAAGAAUCACAAAUUGGCAUAUGUUGAUUCCUUGGGUUUAGUGGCCAGGAGUAUUUGACAAUUUUAUUGCGUUUACGAUUAUGUGAUUAUGGUAGCCGGAUAAUAGACUUUGUAGCUAUUCCUAAAGCUAAACAUAAUCAAGUCACUACCAAAAAUCUUCCAAAAAUAUCAUUCUGUUAACUAUCAAUUGGUUUUAGAACUUCUGCUCCAAAUUUAAGGAGGGGUCAUCCACUGGCAAAGGGUAACUCUUAAAUCAAAACCAAUGAAUGGAUCUCUUAUAUGUUUAAAUCUACUUGUAUCGAUUUUGAUCUGACUAACAAGGGGAAAUGUCAUGUACAUGUAUGUACGCCAAAUCAUUGAUCUAUGAUCUUCUAAAGCAACAUAUCAAUCAGACAUGUAGAAAGGUUGGCUUCUAUUUACUCACCUCACUACAGGUAAUCAUUUAUAUUGUCCCAUGAAUUCCAUAGUUACUUGAAAUAAUCUCAUUUUUAAACUGAUACCUAUUGUGACCUUAAGGUAUGUCCUGCUGACACCAAAUUGAACAAGAAACGUUUGCUCAAAAAGGCAGACAUCAUAAUGAAAAGUUUAUGCUUGAAUCAUAAAUCUUCUCAGUAUGUUUACCAAAGACUGCUUUUAGUUACAAAGUCAUUAUUAAUUUGUUAAAGAUCUACUGUCUUAAAGAACAAUAUGUUUUAACAUCGGCAUUUAAUCAUGCAAUGAAGUUUCGUAUCUUUUGUUCUUAAGUUUCAUCAGCUAUCGAUGGGAAAACUAUUUCUAAAUAGGACCCAACUUGACCAUAAACUAAGAUAUACUGAAUAUAAAACAAAUAAUUAGAAAAUCACAUGUUACGCAGCAGUAUUUAAGAACACACUAGAGAAAGCCGGAAGUGUGUUGUCUUUAAGAACACGAAUUGUUACGUAUUGAUAAGAAAAUAUGGAGAAGAUUAAAGCAUGCAGUUUGACAUAUUAAACUACAAUGAUAGGGGUCACCUACUCAAAAUAUGCAAAUGAAGCUCUUGUAUUCUCGAGGACAUUGCAAAAGUUACCGUUACCAGACUGAUCACUAAAACAACAGUCUUACAGUAAGUUAUGAUUCAGAGGAUUUCGCCUAAUUUAGGUUUUAAAUGUUAAAAUAUUGAAAGUUAUUUUGAAUUUUGGUGCAGCAUGAUUAAAACAACCUUUGCACAAGCUUGGAUUUAUAUGAAAAUAUUCAUUUGUAUCUGGACAUGUAUCAUUGCAUUGGCAGUUAAUAAAUAAAAGUUGUAAUAUUUGUAAGCAAAGUAUAACUAAUUUAUCAACAUAUGCACGCAAACUUCUGUAUUUGUUUGCACACAUUACGUCCGCCUUAGACGUACAUUGUAGCAACUAUGAAUACGUCAGUGUCAAGCAACGUGAAUUACUAAGGUCAUUUAAUAGAUAAUCAUGCUUCACUUUCGCAAAGAUUAAACAUAACUAAAUGUAAUUGUGUUCUGUGACCUAAAAUAAGUUUUGCACUUUGGAACAUAUUGUCUUGAUUUAAACAAUGUUAAUUGUUCUGUUGACUACAAUUAUCAAUUGAUGUAUGAAACAAGUGAAUCAUAAUGAAACAACUAUAAAUAAAUGUAAACUCAUU